UCCCCUAAUCCGGGCGGCCAUGGCGGCGGGGGGUCCCCUGGAGGAGCUCUGCGAGGAGGCCACCUGCUCCAUCUGCCUGGACUACUUCAGCGACCCGGUGACUAUCGCCGAGUGCGGCCACAACUUCUGCCGGGCCUGCCUGAUCUGCAGCUGGGGGGACCCGGGGGCCUCGUCCGAGCCUACCUGCCCCCACUGCAGGGGAAGGGUUGAGCUGGGGAGCCUCCGCCCGAACAGGCAGCUGGCCAACUUUGUGGAAAUAACCAAGAGAUUCACUCUGCAGGAGGGGGAAGAGGUAGCCGGAAAAGGGGGAGUUUGCCAGAAGCACCAGGAGCCCCUGAAGCUCUUCUGCAAGGAUGAUCAAGCUCUCAUCUGUGUGGUCUGUGACCGGUCCAAGGAGCACAGAAAUCACAAGACCCUUCCUCUUGAGGAGGCCUCCCAGGAGUACCAGGAUCAGUUCCGGAACUGUUUGAAGAUUCUGAAGAAGGAGAGAGAGAGAAUUUUGGCAUAUGAAGGAGACGUAGUGAAGGAAAGCCAAGAGCUGCUCAAGCAAACCAUGGGAAAGAAGCAAGAGACGGUAGUCAAGUUCAGGCAACUGCAUGCAUUUCUGGAGGAACAAGAGGAACUUUUGCUGGCCCGGAUGGAAGAGGUAGAGAAGGAGGUGGCAAGGAAAUUGGACCAAGCUCUGGCCAAACUAUCUGGGGCACUGUUCAGUCUUGAAAGCCUCAUCUGGGAGAUGGAGAAGAAAUGUGAGCAGUCAGCCCGUGAUCUCUUGCAGGAUGUCCGAAGCACCUUGCAGAGGUAUGAAGCAAAGGAGACAUUUGAGAAUCCCAUGACUUUUCCUCUGGCAUUGAAGUGGAAGAUCUGGGAUGUCCGUGACAGCAGUCACUUUCUGGAAGGUGUCAUGAAGCAGUUGAAAGGUAAUCUGGAUUCUGGAGUUUGCAUGCAGAAAGCAAAAGUGACUCUGGAUCAGGACACGGCCCAUCCAGAACUCAUCUUGUACAACGCUGGGAAAAGCAUGAGACCAGGAGAAAAAGCUCAGAUUCUGCCCAACAAUCCGGAGAGAUUUGACCGGUUUCGUGCUGUGCUGGGCCGUGAGGGAUUCAGAGCAGGCCGCCAUUUCUGGGAAGUCCUUGUGGGAAGUGAGGGGGAAUGGGCUGUGGGGGUGGCCAGAAGGUCUGUGAGGAGGAAAGGCAAGUAUCAAAGCUUCGAAGAGGAGCAGCUAUGCAAAUAG